GGCCACACUGACGAGGUAUCCAGCGUUGCCUGCUCUCCUGGAGGGGACUGGAUUGUAUCAGGUUCUUGGGACAAGACAGUGAGGAUCUGGGACCAAAGAAGCCUAGAAGAGAUCUGUUGCAUGAAAGGUCAUGCACAGCGAGUGACUUGUGUCGCAUGGAUCGGAGAUCCAACAAGAGAGGUUGUCGCGUCUGCUUCUGAGGAUGGUACAAUCAGGACGUGGGAGAUGAGUGGAAGAGAGUUGAAACGUUUCGAGGGACAUACAGGCAGUGUCACAAGUAUUUCAUGUUCCCCCAUCUUCCUGGAUAGGUUUGCCUCAGCGUCUGAGGACAUGACAGUGAGGAUAUGGGGGAUAAGCAGUGGAAAGCAAAUCAAUAUUUGCAGAGGACAUACAGACAAGAUAACAAGCGUUGCAUGGUCACCACAUGGGCAUCGAAUUGCGUCGAGUUCCAUGGAUGAUACGGCGAGGAUAUGGUGUGUAUCGUCUGGGCAUGAAAUAACUCGCUAUCAAAGAGGCCAGUCCUUCUUUACCAUGCUCGUAGCAUGGUCGCCGUGCGGAAUGAUAAUAGCCUCGGGAUGUUCGGACAAGACAAUCAGGUUAUGGAGUGCGGCAAUGUCCACAGAGUUAUAUCGCUGUGAGGGACACACAGGUUUGGUCACGGUGAACAGCGUUGAUUGUUCACCUAAUGGACUGAGCAUCGUCUUGGGCUCCCGUGACAAGACAGUGAGAAUAUGGCAGCAAGAUUGUUGGAAAAUUCUACAAAGCUAUAAAGUGCACUCUGACCGAGUUGCAAGCGUCGCAUGCUCCCCAGAUGGAAAGAUGAUUGCCACUGGAUCUUGGGAUAAGACGAUGCGGACAUUCAAUCUGACUGGCACGAAACUUCACGCACAAAAGCUCUAUCAAGGACAUGCCGGGUAUGUCAGGAGUGUCGCAUGGUCUCCAUGUGGAAAGCUGAUUGCCUCGGGCUCGGAGGACAAGAUUAUCAGUCUAUGGAGCAGCGGGAGCAACCCUGGCAAAGUCAGAGACUUGAUAGGACAUCAAGAGCCGAUCACAAGCGUCGCUUGGUCUCCGGAUGGAGCUCUGCUUGCAUCAGGGUCCUGGGACAUGACUCUGAGGCUGUGGGAGGUCAGCAGCGGCUCGGAGAUCAGGUGCUUUCGAGGCCACGAACGUCGCGUCACGAGUGUCGCUUGGUCGCCAGAUGGGAGAAAUAUCGCCACGGCUUCAUGGGAUAGGACUGUGAGGAUCUGGGAGGUGAGCAGCGGAAGAUGUUUCAAACGCUGCUUUAUCGAACUGGAGACUGCUGUCUAUACCAGCGUCGCAUGGUCACCAGACAGUAGGAAGAUUGUAACUGGAUCUGAUCAAGGAUCCGUAAUUGUAUGGGAGGUGAGCAGCAUCAAGCCUUUGAAGCUCAACAACAACAGUAGAACACGUACGGCCGCUAGGAUGGUGACAAGUGUUGCUUGGUCACCAGAUGGAGACAAGAUUGCUUCUGGAUUUGAAAAUGGCGUUGUGACAUUG